AUGGCAGAUUCUCCACCACCACCCUAUAGCUACACCCCGAAACCCCACGUCGCCGCAAAGCUUUCGCGUGCAAUUCUACUCAGUGUUAUUUUUAUUCUGGUCUACAAUUUCGUCGUUUUCUGCCGUCAAUUACUUGUGCUCGGAUCACUAGCAAUUAUGUGCUCAGUUGCUUCAGAGCUUAUCGAAGCCCAGUUCGAUUGUGUUCACAGCGAAGCAGGCCUGAAUUGUGGGCCUCGGUUCAGCCAAGUGUACCAAAGCGGUUUACAGUUGAACUCCAUUGAAAAGCCUUUGUUCUACUUCAACUGGUUGCCAGAUGUCCGGGAUGGAGUGGCCUUGAUAAUCACCUAUUUGCGGAGCAGCGCUGUAAACUUUUGGUCACGGACGCAAGAUCUAAAGGUUAGCAAGCACUCACGAAGUUUUCCUAACACAUAUCCCAAGGCCUGUUUUAUGCAGCUUUUCGAGAAGAUCAACGCGAUUGUGGAGAUGGCCGAGGAUUUGAACGUUGUAGAUCGUUGUCGUCAAAAUUCCGAUCCUGAGGGACGUCGUCUCCAUACCAAGCCUGGAGGCAUUUGA